AAAUGCCGUUCACGUCCAAUCAGUUGAACUCUACAAAAAUUUCAACUGGUGUUAUUCUUAAGAUUGGAUCCUUUGUGACAUUAAAAGCAAAAAAUGGACUCUUCUACAAAGUUAAAAGGAUAAUGAAUGAUGAUAAUUGUGUAAAAAUUGAAGGCUCAAAAUACGUCAUUUCUGACUUACUACUGGAUGCUUUUACUAAAUUUGGAGUCAAGCCAUUAGUUAACGAAAUUGUGAAAUUGGGCGAUGUUUCGCCUAUUAAAGCGGGCAUCUCAGAAGUCAAAGUCGUCGUUGUAGUUAAUUCAUUGGACCUUUUUUCGGAGAAACCGGAACAGUCUAAAAACGAAUAUUGUCUGAGAUUCACAAGUUCUAAAGGCGAACUGAAAGAGCUGCAGAGGUAUCUUCCGCAGACACCUAAGCUAAAAGAGGAAAAAUGUGACUUAAAAACUAGUAAAUAUUGGACACCUCGUAGUUGCAAAAAGAAGCUUGAAUACAGUGAAGAAAAAGAAAAUAUUUCGCCUCCCAAGCAGGCUAAACUAAAAGAGUCAAGAAAUUGGAGAGAAACUAAUAUGGUCCAGAAUUAUGAGCCUUGCAAGAGUGAUUCUGAGGAUAGUGAUAGCGAAGAUCAAUCAGAUGAAGCAAGACCAGAUGUCAGCUCCAGCUCUGAUGAAAUUGUCACCCAAAGUACGCAUUUAGCUCGAGUUCGACAGAGAAAGGUUCUAUCGAAGUCUCGCAGUCGCAAAACAAGAAUUUUCGCCAAAAAGUUAAACACUAAGCCAACUCAGGCGCAUUUGAAUCUUCUAAGCUACCGAGCUCCAUUAUCCGUGGAACUGGAACGAAUCUGCAGCCUAACGUGUGGUUUUGACAGGGCUUUGGCCAUGUUGCAAGUGUCUUCCGUGCCUCUUGAGCUUCCAUGUAGGGAGGUUGAGUUUGGAAACAUCUUUUCUUUUGUUCACGAUCACCUGAGAAAUGGAACCAGUGGCUGCAUUUAUGUCUCUGGAACUCCUGGCACCGGAAAAACUGCGACCGUGCUGGAAGCUGUUAACUACCUGUCUGACCUAUCCAAAGAGAAAGAGCUGCCAACGUUCAAGUACUUGGAAGUAAAUGGCAUGAAACUAACAGCUCCGCAGCAGGUUUACUCGGAGAUUUGGCAUCAACUCAAGUGUGUUUAUAUUGGAGCGGAUGCCGCCCUGGCGUCUUUGGAAGAAACUUUUCUCCGAGAACAUUCAUUUAACCGAGAGCCUGUUGUUUUACUUGUAGACGAAUUGGAUUUACUGCUGACUAGCAAGCAGGAUAUUUUGUACAACUUGUUCGAGUGGCCAUCGAGUAAAGCUAAGUCGAAAUUGAUUGUGGUGUGUAUUGCGAACACAAUGGAUCUGCCCGAGAGAGUGAUGAUGAAACGAGUGUCGAGCAGACUCGGAAUGAGCAGAGUCGUUUUCCAACCAUACACACACGGGCAGCUAAAGCAAAUUAUCUCAUCGCGAGUUCAAUCCAGCGGAGUGUUCACAGAGAGUGCAAUUGAAUUUGCGGCCAGAAAAAUGUCAGCCUUGUCUGGAGAUGCGAGGAGAUCCCUGGAUAUAUGUAGAAGAGCGACCGAACUGGCCCAGAGUAGCAACCAAAAACUUGUGAAUAUCAAUAACAUAACAGAUGCCUUCAACGAAAUGUUCUCAUCUAAGAAGUUGCAGGCUCUCAAAAAGUGUAACAUGCAUGAGAAGUUUCUUCUAAAAGCAAUUGUGAGCGAGUUUCGGAAGUGUGGUCUGGAAGAAGCGCAGAUGGUCAAUGUUUACACGCAGUACCGUACAGUUUGUAAUUUAGAAGGACAAAUACCUGUGGAACCGACGGUUUUGAUCAGACUGGCGGGAAAGUUGAACGCGAUGAAGUUGAUUGUGUUUUCAGGAAGCAAAUACGGACUGGCACAAAAAGUUAUUCUUGGCGUUUCCGUUGAUGACGUGAAUUUUGCACUUGCGAAAGAAUAAAGAGAAAACAAUUUAUAUGAAGCGUAAUUCAGUUAUUGAUAUUGACGCGAUGUUACGCGAUGAACUUAGAUGAUUCAUAUUGUUCUGUAAAACCUUGUUUUAAACCCAUUUUGAUUUUUGAAUUUUAUUUAAUUGA